CUACCUCUUCCUUUGAGCCUCCCACGAACAUUCGAUGAAUUUUGCUCCUUCGCAUCACGGGCGUGCUCCGAUGCUCCCACGCUGACGAUCAAUCUGUUGUCAUGGGCACGGCAGGGUCUCGAUAUUGCACUGCGUCACGCCGCUACUCUAAAUCCUGGGCGCUCAUUUUACGACUUUUGACGUUGUCCCGUCUUAUUCGCGUUCCUUUUCGUGCGGAACUGCCGAAGCUUGUUUUCCCAGACGACCUUUGCGGCAGCCAGCUUGCCUCCUGCAUCGAAGCCGCUUGCGCUUGCAGACUGCCUGUCGCGCAAAGGAGGCUGUGUCGCACAAGGCUCAGCACUCCGUCCAACUGCCAUUUGUAGCCGCUGCCAUUGCUGCUGCGCGUGCGCUUACGUCCAGCGCGGCGCCAAGGGCUGCGACCUCCUCCAGGGCUGAGCAUCCCGGUUGG